ACAAUUGGAAACCUUGGCCAAGAGAUUCAACAACCAUCAAAUCCUUAUGUGAACCUCUCACAAGAGGGACUCUGGUGUUGCCAAGUUAAUACACUCCUUUCUGUCCUACCUGAGCUCAAUGAGCCUCCCAAGGGCCUUCCUACUGGUUCAGUCAACCUUGGAGAUGGAUAUGCUCUCUUAUGGAAGCAGGACAGAUACUUUUGCUUUUCAGAUCAAGAGCAUGCAGAGGUUAUCUCUCGCUUCCUUGGCGCAGGGUGUGUGCUUCAUUGCAUCAAAAAGUGGGCACACCUUCUGCUGCCAAAUGGACAGAUUGCUUGA